AUGUCUAGUCAUUCCACAGGAUAUGCGCACCACAGUACUCACCAUCAUCACCAUAGUUCACAUGGGCAGGACCAAAGAAUUGGUAAGUACCAGAUUAUCAAGACCCUUGGUGAAGGUUCGUUUGGUAAGGUGAAGCUUGCUUACCAUGUCACCACGGGCCAGAAGGUGGCGCUGAAAAUCAUCAACAAGAAGGUGCUUGCAAAGAGCGACAUGCAGGGUAGAAUCGAGCGUGAGAUCUCCUACCUGCGCCUGUUAAGGCAUCCGCACAUCAUUAAGCUUUACGACGUAAUAAAAUCGAAGGACGAGAUCGUGAUGGUCAUUGAGUAUGCCGGGAACGAGCUGUUUGACUAUAUUGUGCAGCGCGACAAGAUGAGCGAGAGAGAGGCCCGCCGGUUCUUCCAGCAGAUCAUCAGCGCCGUGGAGUACUGUCACAGACACAAGAUUGUCCACCGAGAUCUGAAGCCCGAGAACUUGCUUUUGGACGAGCACCUGAACGUUAAAAUCGCCGACUUUGGGCUUUCUAACAUUAUGACCGACGGAAACUUCCUGAAGACGUCCUGCGGGUCGCCCAAUUACGCUGCCCCUGAGGUUAUCAGUGGUAAGCUCUACGCUGGACCGGAGGUGGAUGUCUGGUCCUCCGGCGUUAUACUCUACGUGAUGCUUUGCCGCCGCUUGCCCUUCGACGACGAAAGCAUUCCAAUCUUGUUCAAGAAUAUAAGCAAUGGUAUCUACACCUUGCCCAAGUUUUUAUCGCCGGGAGCCGCUAACCUGAUCAAGAGGAUGCUGAUUGUCAACCCGCUCAACAGAAUUACCAUCCAUGAGAUAAUGGAAGACGAGUGGUUCAAGGUCGACAUACAGCCCUACUUGAUACCUCCGGACUUGAAGUCGGAGACCGACGAGCAUCGUCAAGAGGGUGAACAUCCUGACGGGGGCGAGGAAGGAGAGGAAGUCGACGACUCGCUGGUAACCAUGCUGUCAAAAACAAUGGGUUACGACCGAGACGAAAUCUACGAGGCGCUGGAGUCCGAAGAAGAUAAUCCAGCUUUGAAAGAAAUUCGAGACGCAUACCUUCUGAUUAAGGAGAACAAGUCGUUAAUCGACGACCUCAAGAGUAAUAAGGACCAAAGCAACGAGCUCGACACCUUUCUGUCGCAAUCGCCUCCAACCUACGACCAGAGGCCCCAUCGCUCUUCAUCAUCUUCCGGCCCCUCUAGCUCUCGCAAUCAUCGCCACAUGAGGAAAAGUCAGCAACGCACAUACCAGUCUCCUUUUGUUGACCAACAAAAAGACGAAGAUAGUACUAUUGCGAUUCUGCCUAGUUCCUUGCCACAAAUACACAGGGCCAAUAUGCUUGCUGAAGGCUCCCCUGCGGCAACCAAAAUAUCGCCUCUCAGCACCAAAAAGUCCAAGACAAGAUGGCACUUUGGCAUCAGAUCCCGCUCUUAUCCGCUGGACGUCAUGGGUGAGAUCUACAUUGCUUUGAAAAACUUGGGAGCACAGUGGGCAAAGCCCUCUGAGGACGACCUGUGGACAAUUCGGGUUAGGUGGAAGUACGACAUGCGUCAACCGACGAACGAAAAAAUCCCAGACCUAAUGAAGAUGGUCAUCCAGCUAUUUCAAAUCGAAGCCAACAACUAUCUUGUAGACUUCAAGUUCGACGGCUGGGAAAGCAGCUACGGGGAAUUUACUCCUGCCGCAAACGAGGAUGAAAUGAGCACAUUCUCCGCGUACCCUUUCUUGCAUUUAACAACCAAGCUAAUCAUGGAAUUGGCCGUCAACAGUCAAGGGGGAUGA